AUGCUUCAGAUCCCUCCGAGCGUGGCCUUGAAAGCUCGGUCGCGUCAGAGCCAACUACAUAACAACUACUCGAACGACAAGAACAACAACGAUGGAGAAGAACCAGAGGAGGAGUUCCGCAUUCUACGGUAUCCAGCCGAACCAUGGGGGCGAGCAUCUCGCAGCCGAGCAACAGCCAUAAUCCCCUCUCGUCGAAUCAUCUCGUCUCUCAUCGAGGAUAUCUCGCAAUCCACAGUCCCUCAGGAUUGGACAGACACCGCACGAAGCCGUAGGACCCGUCAUGCCAGCAAUACUAAACGAGUCGCUCUUCUCAAACGUGCCAGGUCUUCAUCCAUUGCCUCUGUCAAUAACGCCACAGAGUCUAGCGACAGCGGAUCUACCUUCAACACACGAAAGUCAACAACAUCCUCCGCAAAGAAACGACCAGCAAAACAACAGCGAUCAGGACCACCGUCUUUAAGCGAUACUCUGAAUACGACUACUACUACCACCACCGCCACAACAUACUUGACUCCCAAGAAACCGACAUUGCCACGGAAACCGCCGCGUCCACGACACACUGAGACGCCACCAUCCCUCCAGGACGACCAUGUGGAAGUCUUGGUCGUGGACGACGAGGACGAAAAGGAGGAAGUUGUCGUUGUGGACGAGGAAGAUGAGACAACCGCAGUGACCAACUAUGGGGGUAACACGUCCGAGAGCGAUUACAGCCCUGGAAGGGAGACUAUGACACAGCGGCAGCGUCAGCAGGAGAGGAAGGCGAGACCCCGCAGGCGAGGCCUUUUACAGCAUGAUGAGGGUCAAGGUCAGGCAGUAAAGCAGAUUCAAGAGCUUGAGGAAGUACACCAGGAAGUGGACAGAGCAGCUGAGAUAUCCAACGUGGAUGGGCCAAAUCGCGCCGUCGAGCGAAUGGAUUGCGUUGUGAUACCUGUGGUGGACCACCCCGAGAGGAGUACUGCAGUCAGGUCCACCAAAAAGGGUCCCCCACUAAGUCUACGGACUGAUACAGAAAAAAUUACUAAAAAGGACUCCAAGCAGGAACCCGGUUUGAAGACAAGGACCGCCUCUACCACCAAGGAUACUACAUUGACCACCCAAUCACCCACCAAGGCAACGACAGCAAACAGUGCAAGACCAACUCCACGGAGAACCAUAGAAAUUGCACCGGUGCUCGACAUGAAAUUGGAUGCCCCGAGGCAGACCAGAUCGGAUGCAAGGAAUAAUCCCACCGCAACCCCGGAACCAACAAAGACCGUGCUACCAGUAAACGCACGGAUUCCCGUACAGGAACACCAGAGCUCACAACAGCCAUCCAAAGUUGUCCGCCCGUCACGCCAACCCUCAUCGACACAAGUACGAGCCAAGGCCUUUCAUGGGUGGUGGCUCAAGAGAAAGGAGAACCUGGCGCAGGAUGGGAACUUGGGCAUUGUGGUGCAAGGAAAUAUGAUCGAGCCGAAAGUUAUGACGUGGCACACGUCGACCAUCAAGGAUGCGCCAGAGCCGACUUUGGUCAUGACCUUCACAGGAUCGUAUUAUCGCCUCUACGGAUCAAUUGAUGUCCAAAAGAUGGAAGGCAAUGGCUUCUCCAAGGACAUGAUCAAGGCUUUCCGAAAUGGGUUUCCUGCCAACUGGAAGACAAUCUUGGGCAAAGAGUAUGAGAAACAGGCGGCAUCAACUGUAUCGAUGGGCAACGAGAGACCAAUCGACAAAAGAGUCGACACCACCGGUCAGAAUGACCAUAGUGCAUUGAAACGACAGGAGAUACCCUUGACACAACAACCGAGAGAGUCAGUACAGCGCGGCAAGCCAGUGGUGCAGCAGGGGAAACCGCAGCUAAGGCAGGCGACGCAGAAGGAGAAACGGAUUGUGAUAGAAAUCACACCGGAGGUUGAUUCGCCACGCAUGAUCGGAAAGGCAUCAAGAGGACCUGCUGUAGCACCUGUCGAACGAGCGCCUGUUCAAGUCAAGUCGUCGUCGUUGCCAUCCCAAGGUCCCAUUCUGGGACCGCCUACAAGCCGCACUUUGAACAUGGACGAGGCCGUCGAAAUUGUUACGACAGUAGCGCCUAGCAUAUCCCUGUCUAGGGGCUCUGCGGUAUCCAAAGCGACGACAAGAACCACCAACAACAAACCAAAAUCAUCGCCAUCCAGCUCACGCAAGAGAUCGGCGCCGACAUCAGCAGCACCCCCAACACCGUCAGCAAUAUCAACACAACCAGUGUCAACAUGGGCAGAGGUCCUAGAAAAAGUGACAGCGAGGGGUCAAUCGCCCACCCCUCGCCGCGCUUCAGUGCCUGACAGCGCGCCUUUGCGAGAGGACACGCCUGCGCAGCGACGAGCAUCAGCACCUGAUCAAUUGAUCACAACAAUGGGAACCUGGAAGGCUGUUGGUCCAACUGCCUAUGGAGUGGACAAGCUGUUGGACAAGGCACUGGAUGGAAACCUGCGUAUGAGGUCCAAGGCGGUUGUGGAGCAGAUCAGAGAACGCACGCGGCAUCAUCCAGAUUUGUCUGCAGUGGUUGUGGAUAGGGCUGUUGAAAAAGGAUGA